CAUGUAGUCUUGUACUAAACACGCACCAAGUGUUUUUCUCUUUUCAUGAGGCUCCUUCCCUCAUGAUAUGAUUGGUUAUGUGUCUUUCUCUCUUUGAAAGGCUCUCAAGAGACAAAUCUUGUUUGAUUGAAAACUUUUGAAGCAUUUCAUAAACGAAUCGACUUGAUUCAAUAUAGGAGAUCAAGGAGAGAAGAGGGAUGGAAGAGUAUGGAGAGAAAGCAGAGGUGAGAAGAAUGCAAAGGGAGCAAGAGAGAGAGAGGCGACGCAUAAGAGAUAGAGAAAGGAGACAAUCAAUGACUCAAGAACAAAGAGAGAUACAUCUUGCAAGAAGGAGAAGGAACUACCAACUCAGAAGACAGAGAGCUGCAAACAACAACAACACUACUUUCUUCCCUCUUGAUCAGGCUAAAGAAGCUAGUACAAGCCGUGGCCAUCCAAGCCUUGUUUCUUACUCCAUUUCAGAUUAUAGAACCCUCCACAAUGACUCAGGACAGGAAUCUUCCCAAGGAUCGGAAGUUCAUAUGGAAGCUCUUACUUAUAAACCAACAAAUUUACCAAGAAAGUUGCGUCUGAAUCAUAUAAGACAACUUGCUCGGAACUUGAUGAUGCACUCAAUUGCUGAUCAUGAUUCUCAAACUGGGAUUGACCAAAUUGUUCAACCCUUGAUGCCCAAUGGAGGUCUCUCGGGUAGCACACAAAAAUCCUUACGUUUGAACCGCGUGAAGCAGCUUGCGCGUUCACUAAAUUCUCCCCCUAAAGAGAUUUCAUCUCAGCGCCUAAACGAUACUACUUUGCAGGAAGCAACUAAUAAUAUCACUUUCCCGGGAACUUAUAAUGGCGACGGAUUCAAGUGCUGUUAAAUGUAGUUUCUUAAUGUUGCUGUUCGAAUGAAUUCAUUGAGAUAGGAUGUGCCGCCAGACAAGAGCUAAGGAUUCAAUCCCAUGUUAAUGACAAAAGUUAAUGUGUAAAAAUAUUCAAAAACCUUUUCAAAAACUUCUGGUAUCCUUA